AUGCAGGGACCCUCUAAUGGCAGCGUGCUCGCGCGAAUGGCGGAAAGGCGUUUGGUGUGCGAGCGAGAAAUCCCCAUUCAGCAGCAGAGGAUCGACUCUCUCAUCACAGUUUCCAAAAUUCGAUUCGAUUCGGCGAAGUUUGAAGCGCAAAGAACCAUUCAGACUCAAGUAAAGACGCGUAAAGAGGCAAAGAGGAUAGCAUUGAUGGAGUCGAUAUCCUCCAUGCAAGGUAGAAUUGAAGAAUUGAAAGAACUCGUGGAAGAUCAGGGGGAAAAAAAGAAUCAAUAUGCUGCUAUAAUAUCUCAACAGCUUGAAGCUCUAACAGCUUCCAAGGAAAAAUGUUCCGGAAAAAAAGAACAUCAAAAACAAAUAGAGGAAGCCAUUUCAUGGUACAACAGGGUCCUUGGGUUCCGUAUUGAAUGUGGUCAUGGUGUGAAAUUUGUUUUCUGUAACAUCAACCGAGAGAACCCUCAGGAGGAGUACUCCUUUACCAUUCGCCAUGAGAAUGACAUCUACACUUUGCUCAAAUGUGAUCCACCUCUGAGUGAUACAAAAAAGAUGGUAAAUGAGUUGAACAAAACCAAUGGACUGUUCAAAUUUGUGAGGAUGAUGAGAGAAAAAUUUCAAGAAUCUGCAACAAGAGGGAUUUCUCAGCGCUUCUCAUCUCAUGAUCAAGACCCCUCGGUAAUUUCACUUUCCGCCCCUGUAUCUCCAGUUUCAACCGAACGUAGUCUUCAAACCCCACGCAAGGAAAAGGGACAACUGGAAUUUCUCGAGUCUCAAAGCAAAUCGAGAAAAGUCACUAAAGGACUCUCUCUUCAAUCUUCCUCUUGUCGUCGUUCAGCACGUUUGAGGGGUUUGAACUGA